AUGUUGGUUUUUGCUAAAUUGGAAAACCAAAAACAAAUGUUAGGGCUAAGGUUUUACCCACUCAUUCAUCCAGGUAAACAUUAAACACUUAGAACUUACAAGUUAAUUUGGUAUUAAACUUACCAGUCGUAAAAAUUUGAUUUUUUAAUUCGUCAUUUUAUAGACGUAUUUCAUUAUAAGUAAAAUUUAUUUUUUUGUCAGCAUUAUAUAUGUUUUACAUUUAUUUCGUCGUUAUAUUAACAUCUAUGUAUUACUUGUUCAGAGCAUGCACCCGGAUUUGGUUGGAAAGAUAACUGGUAUGUUAUUGAAGAUUUGCUUUGCAUGUUGGAGUAUCUCGAAUCUUUAAGGAAUAAAGUAGAAGAAGCUAAUGCUGUGUUUAAAACUCAUCAAGCUCAGACCUUAGUGAAGAAAACACAAUUCUGA